AUGGACGACGAAUCGAACAAUAAUCAAUCGUUAAAUGUAUCGCCGGUAAAUGAACGGGAAAAAUCACCGUCACCGUAUCAAGAGUCUAAAAAAGCUGACUCAGAAUCGUCGUCUUCUUCUUCUUCUUCUUCGUCGAGUUCGUCGUCGUCAUCGUCGGCGUCGUCCUCUUCGUCGAACCGAUCGUCGUCGUCACCGUCGAAAUCUCCAAGCUCGACAUCAUUAUCCGAGCCAGAUGAAACCGACGAGAUAGCAGCCAAGCAACUCGAAGACAAGCUUUUGAAAUCCGAGACCGACGAUUCGCCCCAAAAUUCGCCGCCGAUCCGCCGCCAUUCGAUGCAAAUCGCUGAUUUCUGA